AUGCAAAAUUCGGAAAAUCAUCACCCGCACCAUCACCAUCACCACUCGGAUACGGAGGUUAUAGGGAAUGAUAGAGCGUCGUACAGCGGUCCUUUAAGCGGACCGCUGAACAAACGAGGAGGAAAAAAGAGCGCGAGGUUUAACAUACCGGAAUCUACUGACAUCGGAACUAGUGCCGGAGCCGGCGCCAAGUCCAAUGACGAUGCUUAUGUGGAAAUCACUCUCGAUGUUCGUGAAGACUCUGUGGCUGUCCACAGUGUCAAAACUGCCGGCGGUGCUGACGUGGAAGAUCCGGAGUUGGCUUUAUUGGCUAAAGGUUUGGAGAAGAAAUCUACCUUGGGAGCUUCACUUGUCCGAAAUGCUUCUUCGAGAAUCCGGCAAGUGUCUCAAGAGCUCAAGCGAUUGGCUUCCUUAAAUAAGCGCCCAACUCCUACUGGAAGGUUCGAUAGGAAUAAAUCAGCUGCUGCUCAUGCUCUUAAAGGUCUCAAGUUCAUCAGCAAAACUGACGGUGGCGCUGGAUGGGCCGCCGUCGAGAAGCGGUUCGAUGAGAUUACUGCUCCAACUACUGGCUUGCUUCCCCGGGCCAAAUUUGGAGAAUGCAUAGGUAUGAAUAAGGAGUCUAAGGAAUUUGCUGGAGAGCUAUAUGAUGCGCUUGCUCGAAGGAGAAACAUCACAACUGAUUCCAUUAACAAAGCACAGCUCAAAGAGUUCUGGGACCAAGUUGCAGAUCAAAGUUUUGAUACUCGACUUCAGACCUUCUUUGACAUGGUUGAUAAAGAUGCUGAUGGUAGAAUCACAGAAGAAGAAGUCAGAGAGAUUAUAGGCCUUAGUGCAUCUGCCAACAGGCUGUCAACUAUCCAGAAACAAUCUGAUGAAUAUGCGGCAAUGAUCAUGGAAGAGUUGGAUCCUAAUAACCUGGGAUACAUUAUGAUUGAGAACUUGGAAAUGCUUUUACUGCAAGCACCAAAUCAAUCGGUGCAGAGAGGAGGCGAAAGCCGGAACUUGAGUCAGAUGCUAAGUCAGAAACUUAAGCACACACAAGAGCCAAAUCCAUUAGUGAGAUGGUAUAGGAGUUUUAUGUACUUUUUGCUGGAUAAUUGGCAAAGAGUUUGGGUAUUGUUGUUGUGGAUUGGAAUUAUGGCUGGUCUAUUUACUUGGAAGUAUAUUCAGUAUAAACAAAAAGCUGCAUAUGAUGUUAUGGGUCCCUGUGUGUGUCUUGCUAAGGGUGCUGCUGAGACAAUCAAGCUCAACAUGGCUAUCAUUUUACUCCCAGUUUGCAGAAACACAAUCACCUGGCUUCGUAACAAGACCAGAUUAGGUUCUGCUGUUCCUUUUGAUGAUAAUCUCAAUUUUCACAAAGUGAUAGCAGUUGCGAUUGCACUUGGGGUUGCAAUACACGGUCUAGCUCAUUUAACGUGUGAUUUUCCUAAGCUUCUGAAUGCUAGUGAAGAAGCAUAUGAACCAAUGAUAUACUAUUUUGGAGAACAGCCCGAAAGCUAUUGGUGGUUUGUGAGGGGAGUUGAAGGGGUAACUGGAAUUAUAAUGGUGGUACUAAUGGCAAUAGCUUUUACACUAGCAACCCCAUGGUUUAGAAGGGGCAGAGUCAGUUUACCAAAACCAUUUCACAAGCUCACUGGAUUCAAUGCCUUUUGGUACUCACACCAUCUGUUUAUCAUUGUCUACACUCUACUUAUUGUCCAUGGAGAAAAGCUAUACAUUACCAAAGAUUGGUACAAGAGAUCGACAUGGAUGUACCUUACUGUUCCACUAGUACUCUAUGCUGGUGAAAGGUUGCUUAGAGCAUUCAGGUCAAGCAUCAAAGCUGUUAAGAUUUUGAAGGUGGCUGUGUAUCCAGGAAAUGUGUUGGCCCUUCACAUGUCAAAACCACAAGGCUACAAAUACAAAAGUGGGCAAUACAUGUUUGUCAACUGUGCUGCGGUUUCACCAUUUGAAUGGCAUCCAUUUUCCAUUACUUCGGCCCCAGGAGAUGACCAUCUCAGUGUCCAUAUUAGAACUCUUGGUGAUUGGACCAGACAACUUAAAACUGUUUUCUCUGAGGUUUGCCAGCCACCACCUAAUGGGAAAAGUGGACUCCUUAGAGCUGACUACUUGCAAGGAGAGAAUAAUCCUAAUUUCCCAAGAGUGUUAAUAGAUGGACCAUACGGAGCACCAGCACAAGACUACAAGCAAUAUGAGGUGGUUUUAUUGGUGGGUCUUGGAAUUGGAGCCACACCAAUGAUCAGUAUCGUUAAAGACAUUGUCAACAACAUGAAGGCCAUGGACGAAGAAGAAAAUUCCUUGGAAAAUGGGAACGGGAUGUCAAAUGCAGCACAAAAUGCUAGUCCCAAUAUGGCACAGAAGAGGGGUAAAUCAGGUUCAGCAAGUGGAGGAAAUAGCUUCAAUACAAGGAGGGCAUAUUUCUAUUGGGUCACAAGAGAACAAGGUUCAUUUGACUGGUUCAAAGGUAUAAUGAAUGAAGCUGCUGAAAUGGAUCAUAAGGGAGUAAUUGAAAUGCACAAUUAUUGUACAAGUGUUUAUGAAGAAGGUGAUGCUCGUUCUGCUCUUAUUACUAUGCUUCAGUCACUUCAUCAUGCCAAAAGUGGUGUAGACAUUGUUUCUGGCACGAGAGUUAAGUCACACUUUGCUAAGCCUAAUUGGAGAAACGUCUACAAACGCAUUGCUCUCAACCACCCAGAGGCUAAAGUUGGAGUGUUCUACUGUGGGGCACCGGCACUGACGAAAGAGCUAAAACAACACGCAUUGGAUUUUUCACACAAGACAUCCACCAAGUUUGAUUUCCAUAAAGAAAAUUUUUGA